AUGCCGAGGAAAGCUGCAAGUAACCCGCCAUCUCACAUUGAUUCGACACAAGGCGACGUGAAGGAUGCUUCAAUGACGGAACAAGAGCGGAAACGUCUCCGCAACCGCCUAUCUCAACAGGCCUUCCGCCGCAGACAGGCAGAGCGCAUCAGAGAACUCAGCAGCCGGGUCAACACAGACCAAAAGUCGGAUGAUGAGCGCAUGGAGGCUUUGCAGAAGGAGAAUCAGCAGCUCCGGGCGCAGCUGGUCGAGGUCCAGGCCAAGUUGUCUCGGCUUGUUGCGAACAUGACCGGGUUGACGGAAUCUGUGUCAAAGACUCUCGGUGAUACCGCAUCGGACCACAAGGAUGAUCAGCAGGAGACCGUUAUGGAAGAUGACCUGUCGUUCGAUAUGCUGGGCCAGAAGUCGGACCUGCACGUACCGCCUAUGGACCUGGAACCAUUCGACACGUCGAUUCUCGAAUUCGAUACCAGUCUUCCUCAGCAAGUUGAACAAGCCCCGUUCGACGACACAAUCACCUCAGCAGAGCUCGUCAACGUCGCCGGCACAAACCCUCUCUACACCCAGAUCCCCAACAUCUGGAGCUUCGAGUACCAGACCGGCGUAGAACCAUAUCAGGCCGCGAUGAACGCUACACAAAACUCAAACAUCAUCCGCAAGAACGACUUAACGUUAUCAAACUCCCCAUUCUCCGACCACAUCCUCCUCCUCCAGCGCCUCCUCAAGACCAAGCUCGCAGCAUCCGGCUUCACCCCCGAAGGCCAGCCCUCCAUGCAAGGAAUCUACCAACCCGUCCUCAUGGUCCUCUCCAUGUUCAACAGCAUCACCCGCCCCGACGUCAUGGCGUGGUACGCCAAAACCCGCUUCUUCCACAUCAUCGAGCUCACCGCCUGGCAACUCUACCCCUCCGCGGCCACCUUCCGGAAGCUUCACCAGCGCUACCGCCCGACCGACGCCCAGAUCAGACACCCCCAUCCCCGCGUCAUCGACUGGAUCCCCUUCCCCUCCAUCCGCGACCGCCUCAUCCAGCUGCACGCCGCCAACCCCCACAUCGACCAGAUCUUCUGCGACGCCGUGACGGGUUACGUCGUCGAGACCACCAUGUCCGACCUCGUCCUCGGCGCGCCCCAGAUCACCAUCUACGUCCGCGUCACGGACUUGAUCACGGCGAUGUCGUCGGACCCCGAGGCGCCUCCGGCAAGCCUCCCGGCCCCGGACGUCACGACGCUCUUCUCGUCGCCGCCGCACGCCAGAGCGGCCUUUAAGAAGUUGAACAUGGACAAGGGCGCCGGGUACUACAAGAUCGACCCGGCAUUCUACGCGAAAUACCCCGAGCUGUUCGACUCCUCCAACGACCUCACCGCGACGGGCAUCCCGCUCCGCCCAAAGUCACAAAAGGUCCUGACCUACCCCAAACCGCUCGACUCCUCGACGGUCGAGACGUACAAGAGCUUCAUCGACUUUAGCCUCGACGCCGCCAACACCAUCUCCUACUCCUCCUCGCAAGCCGUAUCGUGA